UGUUGGUAUGUGUGUGUGUGUCUGUGUGUGUGUGUGUGUGUGUGUGUGCGAGUGUUCUCGUCCAUCCCAGAGCUAGCUCUCAGUAGCACACAUAGUAUCUCCGCUCUGCAGCUCCAGACAUGAGGAACAAGGAUUAUGGUAAAACUGUUGAAGAGUGUUUUGAUUUACCGGGACGUGUGAAGGCGGAGCUUGCUUUGUUACGGAUUGAACCCCCUACCGACUGACAGAAUGCACCGGCAACGGAACCGUCACCCAGGCGCGGUGAGAGCUCGUGAUUAGGCUAUUUAUCUCUGUACUGAGCGUCAGCUAUGCUGAUUACGGAGCUAAUACCACCGGUUAACGCGAUCCAUUCUGUGGAUUAAAUCAUUACUGUUGCCGGUGAGAAUCACACGGAUGGAUUGGAUUAAAAAUGAGAGUAAGAAAUAUCAUAUAAUAAUCGAUAUGAGAAGGCCUGGGUGCCAGAGAGAUUCUAGUUGAAAACAGACAGAGAGAAUUUGAGAAAAUACAUAAAUAAAUGUGUUUUAACUGAGAGACCAGCGACAGGUUAUGAUUAUUAAUAUUACUAAUAUGAUUAAUUAACCGGCUAAUGUAAACAGGCUAAAUUAAGGUUAGGCCUUUUUGGUAUACAGGUUAAUUUUCCCCACUAGGUCUGUAAACAAGGAAGGACUUGAAUAAGGCCUGUUGUAACAUUAUAGCCUGCCCGUUACUGUAGUCAUAUAGGGUUAGACUGAAUUACUGUAGUCAUAUAGGGUUAGACUGAAUUACUGUAGUCAUAUAGGGUUAGACUGAAUUACUGUAGUCAUAUAGGGUUAGACUGAAUUACUGUAGUCAUAUAGGGUUAGACUGAAUUACUGUAGUCAUAUAGGGUUAGACUGAAUUACUGUAGUCAUAUAGGGUUAGGGUUAGACUGAAUUACUGUAGUCAUAUAGGGUUAGGGUUAGACUGAAUUACUGUAGUCAUAUAGGGUUAGGGUUAGACUGAAUUACUGUAGUAAUAUAGGGUUAGACUGAAUUACUGUAGUCAUAUAGGGUUAGGGUUAGACUGAAUUACUGUAGUCAUAUAGGGUUAGGGUUAGACUGAAUUACUGUAGUCAUAUAGGGUUAGACUGAAUUACUGUAGUCAUAUAGGGUUAGGGUUAGACUGAAUUACUGUAGUCAUAUAGGGUUAGGGUUAGACUGAAUUACUGUAGCAUGACUAAUGGUGGAUUACUUCAUUUUACUGUUGGACUACAGAAAUAACCAGUCAGUUAAUUAGUAAUAAUAUGAUAAUAACAUAGUAACUGCUCGAGGCCUGUGAAUUUGUUUAAUUUGCACCAAUUGGCACCAUUCUGUUGAAGGCAGUACCAGAAGACAUAGCUACCCACUGAUACAGUAACAGAUCAGUUAUCCCGGUCAGAUCAAUACCUGAUCAAUACAAAGGAAACAGAAUCCAGUAAGGAGAAAGAUAUAUGACAUAAUUGUAGAUAUUAAUAUAGUAAUAGAUAAUAACUCAUAGUCCUGACAGUAGUAGAUAAUAACUCAUAGUCCUGACAGUAGUAGAUAAUAACUCAUAGUCCUGACAGUAGUAGAUACUAACUCAUAGUCCUGAUGUCUAAGGUGAAGAGUAGUGAGACGGUAAAGGUAGUAAUCCGCUGUCGCCCGUUAAACCGGAAAGAGGAGGCGGCAGCGGCUGGUGUUACCCGGACACCGGGAGGAGUGGGCGGGAUCGUAGAAAUGGACAUGCGUCUGGGUCAGGUGGUCUUAUGGAACCCUCACGGUCUGCCCGGCGAGCCGGGUAAGACGUUUACGUUCGACUCUGUGUACGACCCCUCGUCUAAACAGCGUGAUCUUUAUGAUGAGACGGUGCGGCCGCUGAUCGAUUCCGUCCUAGACGGGUUUAACGGAACCAUCUUCGCCUACGGCCAAACGGGUACCGGGAAGACCUACACCAUGCAGGGGGUGUGGCUAGAGCCAGAGAGGCGGGGCGUCAUCCCCAACGCCUUCGAACACGUCUUCACCCAGAUCUCCCGCUCCUCCGCCGACCGCCAGUACCUGGUCAGAGCCUCUUACCUGGAGAUCUACCGAGAGGAGAUCAGGGAUCUAUUGGAUCCCAACAUGCACGCACCUCAUGUCCCCAACGUGCACACUCACACCCACCGCACCCUGGAGCUGAGAGAGAGCCCGGAGAGCGGGGUGUAUGUGCGUGACCUGACGUCGUGCGUGUGUAAGAGCGUGAAGGAGAUACAGGAGCUGAUGAACUUAGGGAACCAGGUGCGCUCGGUGGGAGCGACAGACAUGAACGAACACUCUUCCCGUUCCCAUACCCUGUUCCUCAUCACGGUGGAGUGUUCCCUGCCGGGGCCAGAUGGACGGCAGCACAUCAGGGUUGGCCGGCUCAACCUGGUUGACCUGGCGGGCAGCGAGCGGCAGGCCAAGACGGGCGUCCACGGAGAACGCCUGAAAGAAGCUGCCAAGAUCAACCUGUCUCUGUCCGCACUAGGCAACGUGAUCUCAGCACUGGCAGACGGGCGUAGCGGCCACGUUCCGUACCGGGACUCCAAAUUGACACGGUUAUUACAGGACUCCCUGGGGGGCAACGCCAAGACGGUGAUGGUGGCUACGCUAGGCCCCGCCCCCCAACACUACGAGGAGACCCUCACGACGCUUCGCUACGCUAACAGAGCUAAAAACAUCCAGAACCAGCCAAGAGUUAACGAAGACCCUAAAGACGCCCUGCUCAGAGAGUUCCAGAAGGAGAUCGCAUGGCUCCGCGCACAGCUCAGCCACAGGGAAGGGAGGGGCAAACACAGGAAGGAGGAAGGGGAGGAGGGCUGGGACGGAGAAGGGGAUGAGGAGGGAGAAGAGAAGGUGGAGAAGGAGAGGAUGCUGCAGGAGGGGAGGCUUGAAGAGGAGAAGGAGGCCAUCAGAGAAGACGGAUCACUAUUGGCUGAGGAGAAGCAGAGGCUUUUGGGAGAGAAGGAGAGGAUGAUGGGAGAUCUGAAGAAGGAGUGGGACGCCACCGAGCAGCUCACUGCCAAGUACAAGGCGAUGGAGAGCAAGCUGCUGGUUGGAGGGAAGAACAUCAUGGAUCACACCAACGAACAGCAGAAGACCCUGGAGAUACGCAGACAAGAGAUCGCUGAGCAGAGUCGUAGAGAGAGGGAGAUUCAGCAGCAGGUGAUGGUUCAGGAUGAAGAGACUCUAGAACUCAAAGAAACAUUCUCCUCCCUGCAACAGGAAGUGGAGGCCAAGACCAAGAAACUAAAAAAGCUCUAUGCUAAGCUGCAGUGUGUGAAGGCUGAGAUCCAGGAUGUUAAUGAUGAGCACGUCAGGAGUCGACAGGAGCUGGAGCAGACGCAGAACCAACUCACCAGAGAACUCAAGUUCAAGUAUCUGAUCAUAGAGAACUUCAUUCCUCUGGAGGAGAAGAAUAAGAUCAUGAACAGACUGACCUUUGACCCUGAGGAGGACCAGUGGAAGUUCACACCCCUCGUCCCUGCAGAGAGGUCAGGUCAGUUCAGCCAGAUGAAGAAGAGGCCGGCUUCUGCAGUCGGAUACAAACGACCAAUCAGCCAGUACGCACGGGUCUCCUUAGCAAUGGGAGCUCACUCCAGAUACCGGGCUGAGAACAUCAUGUUCCUGGAGCUGGACAUGACUCAUCCCACCAAUGUCUCAUUGGACCACCGGCCAUCGGAGGUGGGGCCUAAUUAUAACCCCUACCCAACAGACAACGUUCCCCACAGGGAGCGAGCUGCACGUGUCCGCAUGUCACGAUCCUGGUGUCAGACCCCGCGAGCCAUCACUUCCUCCACCUCCACCGUUUCCCUGGCAACCCAUUCUACAGCCACGCCCACUGCCGCCCAGUGAAGAGCAGCCUACCUCACUACCUAUCCCUUCCAUAUCUCUCCCUCUCCCUUCCAUAUCUCUCCCUCUCCCUUCCAUAUCUCUCCCUCUCCCUUCCAUAUCUCUCCCUCUCCAUUCCAUAUCUCUCCCUCUCCCUUCCA